AUGAGAAGCUUUCUGCUGAUAUUGGCUCUGCAUGCCUCUAUCUCCUACUCUCUUCCAAUAAUCAAUGCUUCAUCUUUUGAAAAAGAGCUCUUGUUUGCACAGGAAUACCUGAAAAAAUAUUUUCUCCUUACUCUGGAAGAAAUGCCUUUGUAUAGACUCAAAGGUAAUAACCCAGUAGUGCAGAAGAUUGAGGAAAUGCAGAAAUUCUUUGGGAUGGAGGUGACAGGCACACUGGACUCCGCAACUUUGGAGAUUAUGCACAAACCUCGAUGUGGAGUUCCUGAUGUACAAAAGUAUAGUGUUUUUCCAAAUCGACCAACAUGGAAGAAAUAUGAUCUUACCUACAGAAUAAUGAACUAUACUCCUGACAUGACCAGAAAUGAUGUAGACUAUGCCAUUGAGAAAGCUUUUGAAGUAUGGAGCAAUGUAACUCCCCUGACAUUCAGAAAGAUUUACACAGGAAAAGCAGACAUAAUGAUAUCUUUUGCAUCUGGAGCUCAUGGUGACUUUUAUCCUUUUGAUGGCCGGGGUGGCACCUUGGCCCAUGCCUAUGCCCCUGGCCCUGAUAUUGGAGGAGAUGCUCACUUUGAUGAGGAUGAAGGUUGGACAAAAGACUUAAGAGGAUUGAACUUGUUCCUUGUUGCUGCUCAUGAAUUUGGCCAUUCACUGGGUCUUGAACAUUCUACUGAUCCACAAGCCUUAAUGUUUCCCACCUACAGAAGAGCUGACCCCAGACAAUUCCGCCUUUCUCAAGAUGAUAUCAAAGGCAUUCAGACCCUUUAUGGAAGUCGAGUGAAUCGUCCUUCUAAGUCACCAGAAUUGCCCACUAAACCCAUUAACAUGCCAAACAUCUGCAAUUCCUACAUGACGUUUGAUGCCACUGCUACCAUCCGAGGAGAAAUUCUUUUCUUUAAAGAUAGGUUCUUGUGGCGCAAACAGCCCCAAAACCCAGAAGUGAGUGUUAAUUUGUUUUCUUCAUUCUGGCCAUCUCUACCAUCUGGCAUUCAGGCUGCGUAUGAAAUUGAAGCUAAGGAUCAAGUUCUUCUUUUUAAAGAUGACAAGUACUGGGUGGUCAGGGGAACAGACCUCCUAACUCAAUAUCCCAAGAGCAUCCAUUCUCUGGGUUUCCCAAGCUAUGUGAAAAAAGUUGAUGCAGCCGUUCAUAACCCAUUUACCAUGAAAACAUAUUUCUUCGUAGAAAAUAAUUACUGGAGAUAUGAUGAGAGGAGUCAAUCAAUGGACAAGAGCUAUCCCAGACAGACUGCUAAGGCAUUUUUAGGAAUUGGACCUAAAGUGGAUGCUGCCUUCUACUACAACAGGCACUUCUAUUUUUUCCAAGGAGCCAAGCAACUUGAAUAUGACGUUACUUUCAAUCAAGUUACCCAAGUUCUGAAGAGCAACAGCUGGUUUGGUUGUCACAAACAAAGCCUGUAG